GAGAUUCCCGAACUCCUCAACGGAGUGGUCUUGCUAUCGCAAUUUCUGCAUAACGAAAAAAUUCUGGUGGAUCGUCGCACAAUUCUUUACCAGAAACCUGAACCGUUGCUAAUUGAAAUCGAUGAUGACAGUUGCGAUGAAGAGGACGACGAGGUAACCACUUCCCCACUUCCGUUUCUUGCUAAUGAUUUUCUCAGGCCAUCUCAAGUCAGUGAUUUUCCCAGAUUUUCCCCAGAUAUUUUCCCAGACCAAACUUGA